GCGCGAUGACGUCAUCGCGGCGUGCCCCUGCAGCAGUUUAAAGCGGUGUAGGAAACCCCGUGCAGUCGCCAACGCCCGGUGCAGUCGGUGUGUUGUUGGGGAUACAGCAAUAGAUUCAAUAUAAUAAAAGUGGAGACUUGAAAGUGACCUACAACUAUGCAGACUAUUAAAUGUGUUGUAGUUGGUGAUGGUGCUGUUGGUAAAACAUGUCUCUUAAUCUCUUACACAACAAACAAAUUUCCAUCAGAGUAUGUUCCUACGGUAUUUGAUAACUAUGCUGUGACAGUUAUGAUUGGAGGUGAACCAUAUACCUUAGGACUGUUUGACACUGCAGGUCAGGAAGAUUAUGACCGAUUACGACCACUGAGUUAUCCACAGACCGAUGUUUUCCUUGUGUGCUUUUCUGUUGUGUCACCAUCAUCAUUUGAAAAUGUUAAAGAAAAGUGGGUACCAGAGAUAACUCAUCAUUGUCCAAAGACUCCAUUCUUGCUGGUUGGGACUCAAAUUGAUCUAAGGGAUGACUCCUCGACCAUUGAGAAACUUGCGAAGAACAAACAGAAGCCCAUUAUCCUGGAUAAUGCUGAAAAGCUGGCUAAGGACCUGAAAGCAGUCAAAUAUGUGGAGUGCUCUGCCCUGACACAAAGAGGUCUGAAGAAUGUUUUUGAUGAGGCUAUCCUAGCUGCUCUCGAGCCACCGGAAACUCAAAGGAAGCGGAAAUGCUGUAUAUUUUAAGUGUCCCUGUUUUUCUGUAUCCAGUUCAAUAGAGAUGCUGUUCAAAUGAAUCCUUUUAAAUUGUUUCCUUCUCUCCAUAUGGAUAUGUAAAAGUUGCUGGAUGCCAUUUUGGACCUUAACAAAGUUUCUACUCCUGUAAUUGUGAUGUACAUCUAGGUAUUGUACAGUUGCACCUUUUUGUGGGUGUUAAUUUGGUUGAAAUAAAAUUGACUCAAAUGUGUUCUGGUUCACCAUAAUGGAGAGCUGUGUAAAUGGAGCUGAUGGCAUUCAGUGUGGGUCCUUGUCUUUUCUUGCUUUAUCCUUUGCAAAUGUGGCAAAGUAACAAAGGGGCACCUUCUGUGUAACUGUUUCAUUGGCAAAAUUUAUUUCAACUGAAUAGUGCCACUUAAUGGUAACAUUGCAGUAUUGUCCCUGCCUCAAAUGUGACUUCUGUGCCAGAGUUGUAAUAUUAGAUCUUUGGGUCCUUAGUCCCAUGGCAAUAGUUGUAGAACUCAAUCCACCAGUAACUUUAAAUGCUAUUUUCCCCUUUGUUUAAACUGGAUAGCUUUUUCCCUCUUUUUUUACAUAAUAGUGAUUCAUUGUAAAAUACUUUAAUUUAUAAAUUUCAAUGCUGCAGAUUUGACUUAACCCAAUUUAUGUAGUUGGCAAAGUAACUAGAGAUGGAUCUUUGAGUAAUAUUGCAACAGGACUGCAGUGGUGUGCUUAAAUAGUAAAUCUAGCUGCAACUAAAUUAGAGUAAAUGAGCUCUGUUUAGCUGCUGUAUAAAUGGAAUGAACAUAGUUCUGAUGUCUUUAAUGUUAGGUGCUUAAUAUCUACUUAUUCCUACAUUGUCAAAAUUAUGAAUGUUGUAUGUUCUAGAUACUACCAGGAAUCCAAACCACUUUGUCAAUACCAGUUUUUAAAUCUAUAUUCAUGAAAUCUGUCAUUUGCAAGGCAGUUUAGCUAUAGAUCCUUUUGCCUAGGGCCAAGGAUGUUAGUGAUAGUUGUAUUGUGUAGUAGGUUUUAUAGAGUUGUGUACAGUAAAAUCAGCAUGUUAGUGCCAACAUCCCAGAUGCAAGUUUUUAAAAAUGUAAUGCUAUUUCAUAUGUGCAAGGGAACUGCAUGUCUAGGUAAUUCUGGUGCUGCUGUUUGGGAAGUUAAUGAACUAUUAAGUGAUGGCGAAGACCCUCCUGGCUCAGCUCAUUAAGCAAUUUCUUGCUAAAAGUGAUUCCAUAAACUUCCAGGACUGUUCGUAAUUGUUUUAUCUAUUGUGAAUGAUGCCUUUUUCUAAAGCUUUCAUUGUACUUUGUUAGAGCUGCUUCAGUUGCAAUCUAAAAGAAUAUAGAAGAGAGAUCAAGGAUUACUGUGCUAUUAGAAAAGGGAAUGAGGAAAGGACUCCUUCGCUCCCAAUCUACCUUUUUGAUUUGCACACACUUGAAUCCUUAAGUUGUACUAUCUCUAAAUGAUUAUAACUAUUAACAAAACUCAUCAGGAUAAACAUUUUUAUAAGUCAGUUUGAACUGCAUCUUGUUAUUUAUGUCCACAAGAUUUGCCCAGCUGUUUUGUUUGGUUCUUGUAUUUUUUAUUUUGAAUCUGUAACCAUGAGACACCACCUUUCUCUCCCACUUUUCAGAAAGGACUAAAGAAUGUAUUUGACGAAGCAAUAUUGGCAGCCCUGGAGCCACCAGAACCUAAGAAGAAACGGCGUCCCUGCUCACUGUUAUGAGCAGUGUCUGCAGGCUGACAUAUUGAAGCAUUGUUUAAAAAAAAAAUUAAAUCAUCCUGCAAUAACACCCUGCACACAACCACGAGGGCGAUGAUGGGAGGAAUAGAAUAGCCAAUGGUAAAUUUGUCCCCCUUCUAAUGUAACGUUUAAGUAGACAUAAUGAAUUUUCUGUUCAAUUUAUUUUCCACUGGAUACUUGUCCAUAACUAGGUUUUAACCUGCUGUUAUAAAAAAAAUUCCUUGCCACAGGCAUGAAACUUGCACAGUAUUGCUUCUGUUUAAUGAACUAAUGGCUUUUUGUAAGAUAUUGCCACACUCCCAAAUGCUACAUCCAGCGACCUAGCAUCACUGUUCCACAUUGUCACCAAGCUAAAUUUAGUCUGAUACCACUUGGCUAUAAGAAUUGCAAUUGGGUCCCUGUACCUUGGUGUGCAUUAAUGGGGAGUUUUAAUUUUUGGCCAAAUCCUGACAAGCUUGCCACAUGCAAUGGGAGUUUUUGUUAAUGUUCUCCAUUAGUAAUCCACAUUUUGGAAGGCCAAAAGUACACCACUGAUAGUUCAAGGGGGGGGUCAUGAAAAUGUAAUGGGGUUCUGAUGGCACAAAAAUUUUAGCCCAAGCUGAAUAUUGGAUCUGCAGUUGGUGGUGUUGCCAUGCAGUCUGCUCGAUGAUGGAGCUGUUAAGAUGCUGGUGAUGGAUUGUGGCGCUUGGGAGUGAUGUAGGAGAUACUUGUACAUGUGCAGACUGGAUUCCUGUGGGAAUGCCAAGGAUCUCUUGUAGAGUUCAGUGUUAAGAUUUGACCAAAAUUUUGAUUUUUUUCCACUUUGAAGAGUGUGUUUCAUUAUCCUUGUAACUUUGGUUUAAAAUGAGCUUUAUUUCAUGUUGAGUUCUUUGUAUAUGCUUUUUCAAAAUAUUAAACUUGUACCUUUAAUUGCCUUUAUCUUUAUUGAUGUAUUGCAAUUGAUUACCAGUUUGGCUUUUCCCACUUUUUUCACCUAAAACCAAUAUUGUAUCAGAUUUGAAAUUUAAUGGCAUUGGCUUUUUUCCUGUAUCUGCUGUUGCACUGGCUGUGUAGAUGAAAUUACCAGCAAACAUUCUUACAUUCUUGGUUUCCUUAAGUUUUGCAUGGAAUCUUAAUGAUGUUCUUAAUCUAGAAGCCAAUCCUUGAAUCUGAUGAUGAAAUUAGACAUUCUUCUAGUUCAGUUUAAGGCAUGGGUAGAUCAGAACUCAAUACUUUAUUUACUAAUGCUACAGAAAGUGGCCCAAAAUUGCAUACUAUUUUAAAGGAAUAUACUGAAUGAAAUCUGGGCAACAAUGAGGCAUUAUGCAAAUCUCCAAUCAAUAGCUAUGUUAUCAGCCCACCUGGUAAGAUCCAUAUAAGUAGUGAUUGCACACAAACAGUAGUUUGUAACUUUUGGGAAAAUAUCAAACUGUUCAUUUAGGACACUGUGUGCAUUGGACUUUUCCAUUUGUAGCAAUAAUCAUGUGAUCUUCAAAGCAAAGCCAAUGUGCCAUGCAAUUUGUAUUUCUAGGUUGGACUGCCUGGGGGAAAAGGCUGCAUUUAGAGCAGGUAAAUAUUCUGAUUUGGUGUACUUGGGUUGCAGAAGUCCCAAAAAUAAUGGGCAACAAACUACAAGGAUGCUGUAAAUUGCAUAUGGAAAGCUGAAAAGGCCUUUAACAUUUCCAAGUUGCCUUGUGAUGUAUUUAUUUUUAAACUGUCCAUUUAUUAGCACAAUAUUACAUGGAAUCAGGUGCAAGUGGCAAUUCUUUAAAUAUAAAUAGAAGUAGACACCAGUUUUGUCCCUUUGCAAAAAAAACUCAAUUCAUAAGACAUUGCAUGUAUCCUUGUUAGAAUGGAUAGAUUGUAGCACAUUCACUUGCAUUGGAAUUCCAGUGUGGUUCUUGUGCUUGCAUGCUUUGAUCAUGGACUGUAGCAGUUAUCUGGGCCACGGUGUCAUCUGAACCUGUAACACUUGCAAAAUUGAAGAAAUACUGAAUGACACAAUUUUACUCAAGCCUAACUGGACAGUUUAUGGAAGCUCUAGUGAAAUAGUUUGGAGAUUCUAGCUUUAAGGUAUCUGUAUGGGAAAAGUUGUCUUGAAGCUUGGUGAUUUAAUUCUAGUCUUAAAAUGUAGCAUGUAAGUAUGUAUUUUUCCUACUCAACAUUAAAAUGGUACAUUUUAAUUUU